AUGCCGUCCAUUGCUAUGUGGCCACCUCUUCCUAUCCGUGAGGUGAUUGAUGUUCAAACUCAUGAAAAUGCAACGUGCAUUACUUCUUCAGAAAGUGUUGAAUCCAGUUACACACCUGAAAACGACCAUCGUGAAACUGAUGAAAAAAUCCUGAUUGUCUCUGGAUCAGAAUAUGUUAUCAGACAAGAUCGUUCACAUGAUAAUAAAAUUUCUGGACGUACAAAUCUGAUUUUGCAGCUUGAUCUCCCACCUGGAAGUACGGAGCUAGACAAUGGCAUAAUCCUUAUGUCAGGGAAUGUAAUGGAUGAACAUAUUUCACUUGAAACGAAUUCUAAGCCUCACAGUGAGAACGAUAAAAGGUUUAUCAACGUUGAAGAACCAUUCUCUAAAAAGGAAGAUGACAAUGCUGUGGCUGGAUUUUCCGGAUUCUGUUCUUGUAAGAAGAAAUUUCCUAAGACCUACCGUAGGAAAGAUACUCUAAAAACUAAUUAUCAAACACACACUGGCAACAAACUCUUGGAGUGCGAUAUGUGUGAGAAAGACUUCUCUCGGAAAUCACAUCUCGACCGACAUUACAGGACCCACACUGGCGAAAAGCCGUAUGUAUGUAAUAUAUGCGGAAAAGAAUGCAGUCAGAAGACAAAUCUCAUCACUCAUCAUCAAACACACUUAGGUGACAAGCCUUUUAUGUGGGAUAUCUGCAAUAAAAGUUUUGCUCAUAAGGGUUAUCUUAAUAUACAUUUUAGGACGCACACUGGAGUAAAGCCUUAUAAAUGUCCAGCUUGUGAAAUGUCGUUCAUUAACAGCAGCAACUGCAAAAAGCAUUACAGGAAUAAGCACGAAUGA